AUGCCCUCCCCUUGGCGAUUUAUUGCAGACACGGAGUCCGAGUCCGAGACAAGCGACGAUGGCUAUGGUGGUGCCGACAAGGAGACGGUGCAGCUGCAGGCGUUGCGUGGAGAGGUGGUGCCGGCGCUGCCAAGUCUCAAGGACGAGACGCUGCAGCGGUGCGUGAUACACGGAGUGCGGCACCACGCCGACUAUGCCAGCUCGCCUGAGAUCUUGGAAAUCUGUGCUUCAAGGCAGUAUCCAGCCAUUGUACGAGCCAGACAUGCCCGACUGAUUAUGAGCGACGUCAUUCCCCAAGAUAUGGGCGACGGCAACGGGGCGGACCAGCAGACGCUGCCCUACUGCAUCUGGUACCCGGACGUCGCACGCGAGGAGACCUACCGCGCGCUUGUGCGGCAGUAUCCCCAGAUGCGCUACGCCGUCGGUCGCGCCUGUGCAGUCGCUGGCUAUGCCGCUCUGUACCAUGAACUGGGCCUGCUGCCGGAUGUGUCCAUCGCCGACGAGGCACGCGACAACAUGGAGCGCGUGCCCGGCAGCCGUGCCAUUUUUCGCGACAUUAUGGGGCAGACGCUGCGGUUUGCUGUCAUGGACGACUACACGCGAUCCGUGCAUCUGGAGCAACCACGAGCGGGUGCAUUGCUCAAUGACGACACGGCCGUGCGUUCGCGGCUCGACAGCGAUUCCAUUGGUCUUGCAGACUAUCGUCGCAACGGACGACGGCACGUGUACUUUGACAUUGCCGAGGACCACGGGCUGGCCGAAGAGACGCGCAGUCCGCAUUGGUCACCUCUGAUCGCCGAUGAAGGUACGCUGGCACUGCUCUACGCACCACUGCCGCCCGACCUGCAAGCUGUCAACAAGGACAUGCUGAUCCUGAUGGCGGCCGCCGAGGGCAAUGUCGACCGGUACGCGCGGCUGCGGCGGCCGUCUUUGGUGGAAAACGAGCUCUUCUGCGUGGUUCGUGGUAUCUACCAUAGCACCAUGUUUGCCAAGUGGUGGGCAAUGCAGUUGGACGACACGCGAGACGGAGCAAGGGCUCCAAGCCCCGUAUUGGAGGCCUUGCAAACAAACAACGCUCCCUUUCUGCGCGAGGCCGUCAACGCCCGCCACAUCAUGAGCAACGACGUUUCACGCAUCACCGCCGAGACACCCAGCAGCGAGAUUCCCUACGUGAUCUGGCACCCACGCCUGCCGGACUGGGCCACCUUGCGCGAGCUCGUCCGCCGCCGGCCCGACAUGCGUUCACAGGCAGCUCACGCCUGCAUCGUGGCCGACUACCAGGGUACCUAUGACGGCCUGCAGCCGGAGCCCUCGUACGUACUCUGGACAGAAGCCAAACGACAGAUGCACCGGAAUCCGCACUACGCGCAGGAUCUCGAGCAACGCGCAGACGCGCUCGGACUUUCUCUCCACGAAGAACGACCCGCAGACCACGUCGAGGCCGUGGGGGCGAUCCGUGUCCGCGACACGGAUCCGACGGAUGCCUGGCUCUACACCCAGCUCGAUCCGUCGCUGAUGCUGUUUGCCGGGCACGGAUCGGGUGGCAUCUACCAAGGUUUUCAGCCGACCACCAGCUACGUGGACUUGGCCGUAUGCGGCAUUGUGGAGGAUGAGGUGGAUGACGAUGUGAAGGAGUAA